UUCGAUUUCGAUUCCCAUUCGAACAAUCGAACAAUCGGCCAGGCUAGAUGUAUAUCAGAUGUUAAAGCCGACACAGAUCAUACUAGCUUCAUCACCGGCACUCUCAGCCUCAAAGAAGAAAACGAGGUGCAUUUGAUUCGGCUCUCUUCCGAUGGAACCGAACUCGUGUGCGAGGGUUUGUUUUCUAACCCCAACGAGAUCUGGGACCUUGCUUCCUGUCCCUUCGACCAACGCAUCUUGUCUACUGUUUACUCUACUGGUGAGUCAUACGGAGCAGCAAUAUGGCAGAUCCCCGAAUUAUACGGUGAAUUGAAUUCCCCUCAGUUGGAAAGAAUUACCUCCCUCGACUCACAGGUUGGCAAGAUCAAGUGCAUUCUUUAGUGGCCAUCGGGAAGGCAUGAUAAGUUGAUCAGCAUUGAUGAAGAAAAUUUGUCCUUAUGGAGCUUAGAUUUGUCCAAAAAAGCUGCUCAGGUACAAUCACAGGAGUCAGCUGGUGUGAUGCACUACUUGUCUGCUGGUGCAUGGGAUCCACAGGAUAUCAAUGCUGUUGCAGCGACAUGUGAAUCAUCCAUUCAGUUUUGGGAUCUACGAACAAUGAAGAAGACAAAUUCUAUUGAGCAUGCUCACGUUCGCAAUGUUGAUUAUAACCCCAAGAAGAAACAUGUGCUUAUAACUGCAGAAGAUGAAUCUGGUAUACACGUAUGGGAUCUUAGGAAGCCAAACGUGCCUAUCCACAAGCUUCCAGGACACACACAGAGGACAUGGGCUGCCCGGUAUAACCCUGAGUACGAUGGGCUGAUUUGGUUUGUUCUCUCUCUCUCUCUCACUCAAAGGCGGAUUGAUCCAUUGCUUAACUCUUACAGUGACUAUGAAGAUAGUAUUUAUGGUCUUGAAUGGAGCUCUAGUGAGCCUUGGAUCUUUGCAUCAUUAUCCUAUGAUGGGAGGGAAAGAACCACUAGGGACACCAAGAUCUAUUUGUUUCAAAUCAUUCAUUUUUUUCUUCCAGUAGAAGCAUGAAUUUUAGUAUAAGUUUUGUUAAAUGAUGCCAGUUUCAUAUGCAUUUGUAACAUGCUUUAUCUGCAAUUCGCAUGUAUGCAUCAAAUGCGUCAUCGUCACGCAGGCAUGUAUUGUCUAUGUUUUGAAAGAAGUGUGCGCGCUAACCAGUUAAACUGUGUCUGAUAAAGGUGAAAUUCUUUCUUUUCCAUGAA